AACUGACUUUGACAUGUAUACUGUGUCCAGUGUGGACUGGUGCCGUUAAUUACCUAAUCAACUUUAGGUAAAAAAAUAAGAUAAGAUAAAUCAGCAAAACUCAAGAUUUAGUGAGUGGAGAACAAAGCAGGAAGACGUCUGUGUGGAGAAACCAACACAGGAGAUGGAUCAUGCUGACGUUGUUUAUCUGGUCAUGUGGCUCAACAUUCGGGUCUGCCUUCCUAUCACAGUUCUGGUCAUCGGGCUCUGCUGCACGGUACGACUGGAAAACCUUCCUGUCAUCAAGUACAUGAACCUUCUGGUCUCCAAUCUGAUCCAGUUCGGCUCCAUGAUCGUCUGGGUGGCACAAAAGGAUGAAAGAGAGAUCCCCGUCUUGACUGUGGCUGUGUAUUACUGCAGUGUGAUGGCCAGUCUGGGCUUCCGGCUCUGCAUCACUCUGGAGAGGUAUUUUGUGAUUGUCCCUCCAAAGCGGCAGUGCAUCAGACAACCUAUAAAUUCUGCAUUGAUUUGCUUUAUGGUGUGGAGUGUUUGUUUUACAGCUGUACUGUUUCUGAGAGCCUAUGAAUAUGUUUUAUCCAUUUUUGUUUUCGUAGUUUUUGCUCUGGCCAUCCUCUCGGUCCCCGUCAUGGUUUUCUGUCUCGCUCAGAGCAUCAGAUCGUUUCCUGCUGCCGCCUCUGUGUCCACAGAGGAGAAACGCAGAGUUGUGGGGGUUUUGGUUUUCUUUGUGGUCAGUUACACUGAGAUGAUCCUGUCCACAGACAUUUGGUCUGUUUUAGUCACCAGGUCUUUUUUAUUCUAUCUGUCUGACUUCAAAGUGAUAGUUUAUACUUUUUUACUGAAUCCUUUUGUGGACCUGGUUCUGUUUGUGUUCAUGUGUAAAGGUCCCAUUGAUAAGCUGUUGGGACAUCUGUGCUGCUGCAGCAUGGAACACACUGCAGAUAGAGUAAUUGAGGGGAUUUACGAGGGGGAAUGAUGAUGAACACAUUUAGAGAUUGACAGCAUGUUAGGAGGCAGUAUUUAAACAGAUAGACCACUAAAAAAAACAGAACUUUAAAAGUCUUCUACAACAUCAUACAGUAGCCAGAAAUCUUUUAUUUUUAUUUUUAUCAUUUAACGUUUAAUUUCAGUUUGAUGUCCUGUAUGAACUUUCUUUUGAGUUCUACUUUUUAGCUUAUCUGCCUAUGCAGCAAAUAUAAGAUGUGAAAAUGUCCUGUAGCUACUUAUGUAAAUCUCGCUCUCCUAAUAUACCAGCAAAUGCAACUGACUAAACAAUAACUCAGUAAGCAGUACUUUCUUUAUUUGCUAGUCUGACAUGUAGUCAUUUAAGACUUUUAAUGACUACACGUGGCUCCAGGGAUAAGAUUUCUGUCAGAGUUGCUUCCGUUGGUUGUUUGUAUUGUGAGAAGGAACUAAAUGCUCCAACAUGGGAAUAUUGGAUCAGAAAACAACCUUAUAAAGUUAAAUCAGAUGAGUUCAUCUAUAUGUUCUCCAUGUGAUUCUCAUGAUUCCUUUGAUAAGUAUUAAAUGUGUUACAAUCAGAUGAACAUUAAUUUAUUUCCUCCAGAAGAACAGAGACAUGCUCUGUCACCAUAUUGCUAAUCUGCCCCUUUUGCUCCAAAUAUAAUAGCUUUUACAUGUCAUUCAUGAUGCUUUUAAUGGUGUUAUUGUAAAAAGUGAGUAUGUCUGUAGAAAAAGUUGUUUUACUCAAACAUGUACUUGUGUAUAAUUUAUGUACUAGAGAGUUAUGUAUGUAACAGAGGCUUUGGAUGCAGUUAGAUCCUUACCCAGACAUUUGAUAGCAUUUAACAAAAAGUGGGAAAAAAAAGCCUGGCAGCUAAGAGUGCCCUCUACUGGAAGAGAUUUUUACAAUUGCAUGUUUUACAUAACCUGAUGCAUCUGUGAACACAUCUGAACAAUUCUGUGUUUUGAUGGAAUAAUUAUUUAAUAAAAAUGUC